AUGCCGGAUCCGGGAGAGCUCCGAACAGUCAAGACACCUUGCUACCGAUGCAAGCGAUUGGGAGUGGCAUGCAUAGUUCGGAAGACGAUCCUAGGUCGACCAAGCCCCGAAGGUAGUUCUACUGCUGCAUCAGACCCCCCACCCACAAGGACCGGCGAUAUGGGUUCGCGAAUCAUCAUUGAACUUCCUUCACGGAUGGUAGCACCCAAUCAAUCAUAUACUGUGCAAAACGAGGCAUAUGUAGCCAACAGCUUUGCCAUCCCGCGGACCGGAAUGUAUUCUACCAAUGACCUACGGCCGGGCCAAGGAAUAACGAAGGGCUGGGAUGGGAAGACACUGUUGAUCCACACACCCCAGUCGACUGAGACAGUGAUUAUCAUCCGCGCUCUCGAUGCGCUCCAACGCGAAAAAGUCGAGGGCGAAUGGUUCCGACAUCUACCCGCUCGCGUCGGGCAUACGCGAGCCCUGGAUUUGUCGAUUGAAGCACUUGUCGCUGCUUGCGCCUAUGCCCGAGACGUUCCAAAACUUACCUCUGGCCACUGCUAUCAAACACUGGCGCUCGCCCUCCGUGCUGUGCAAGCGAACAUGGACCAGUCACACAGAGAGCUGAGUGAUGACCUAUUUGCGUCGGCGGCGUUGCUGGCUCCUUUCGAGGGGGUUCUGAAGAAGCAUGGCGUCCCAACAUGUCUACAUGUGGAAGGAUUGGCUGCAAUAUUGAUGACAAGACCACCAAGGUAUCCUGUAACUGAGCUUGCAAGGGAGAUUUUCGACUUCUAUGCUUGCGAUUCUGCCAUCAUGGCGUGUAUUCAAGGCGCUCCUUCGCCCUUCGAGAGCGUAUCUCAGGAGUACUAUGUCAAUAAUAGGAUAGGGUGUAGCGACGGCGAUCGAGCCCAGCUCAAGGCUCUCGGUAGCGAGCUCUUCGUUCGUAUUCCACGGCUUGUGGGUCUAGUUCGCGCAUUGCGAUCCUAUCCGUCUCCGCAAAACCAACUACUGCGGGAUGCGUUUAGCCUUUCGAAGUCACUUCUCCGCCUACAGGAUCCCCAAGCUGAGGGUCGAUUGCUGAGCAACAUUAGUUGUUACCCAAGUGAUCAGGAUAUUACCUCAUCUCUCAGUCAGAAUCUGCACUUUGCUUCUGUCGAAGAGUUUGAGGCACUCGCAUACUAUUGGCAAAACCGCCUUACACUGCUCAGAUUGGAACAACGCCUGUAUGAAUUGGUCGCGUCAGGUAACCGACAAGCCAACAACGACACAGACGACUCAAGGAAUUCCUUCCUGCGAGGCUUUGGGCCUAAGACUAACGAGGUGCAUCGGCUUGUAAAGAACAUUUUGAUGUGUGAAACAUAUGCCAGAACGUUAUCGCUUCGCAAGCAUGGCCGCCUGUUAUCUUACGCGAUGGUGAUCGUGUGGGGUGUUAUGAUGGAUAUGCCGAUGACCUUUGCCCAUAGCAAGGACAGCGAAGGGGCAGAGCCUUUAACUGCGCUAUUGUUGAGAAACGCAAACACUGCACUUUCAGCGAAGCCACAUCUCACCAGUGAGGAUAUGGAUAUGGCAGCUGAGAUCUUUAAGGACUCACGACAGUUAUUCCAGCUAUGGCACGCGAGGAGCGAGAUGGCCAUUCUAUCAGAGCCCGGUAUAGAAGUUGCGGUCAUCGUUAAUGGUCAACGCUUAGAAGAGUACGAUGACGAUGAGGAACCCAGGCCAAAGACAGUCACAAAGUACAUUGAGGCUCAGUCAGGUACUGAGUUCGCCAUUGCAACUUCGUUCAAGCCUCCAUUCCCGACACAAUGCGAUAUUAAGACAUGUCUCUAUAUUGACGGGAAGAUCAUGGAAAAUGUCAAUGAGCAAGCUGAGCGAGCUCAGCCAAUUGGCUUGCUCAGCCAAUUGAGCGGAGGCCAGCAGCUCGCUCGGCUCGCUCGGAUUGGCUGA